UUAUCGCCUACACUAACACACCCAGACCCAGUUGGUCAUCUCCCACAAAUUCUUCUUCAAAUUCAAUUCAGAAGGGCUCUGCUAUUACUGCAAAUCAUGGGCUGGGCUUGGGUUGGGCACCCUCUCAACAAAGAGAAAGAGAUAUCAUUCAUAUAGUAUCCUAUCCCAUUCCCCAUGGGCGCAUAUUAGCGAGGCCUCCCCCCUCUUCGUUCUUGGUUGUUCAUUCAUUGAUUCAUUCCCACGGCCACCAACCAAACAGCUCUAAAACCUUUGCAUUCAUGUCUGACUGACGCACUGUGAAUUGCCCGUACAACUCAUACGAGCAGAUGAAUCGGCUAUCUUCAGUCCUUAGCUCUCCAACGUUCACGGCACGUGUCGCCCAGUUAAUCGACUCGUGUUAAAACAUCAAUGAGAUCGUCCGUCUCAAUUGAAUUCAUCAAUUGAAUACAGCAUUUAAACCCCGCUCGUUGCCCAACCUCACUUUCUUUGUUCUCUCUCUCUCUCUCUCUCUCUGACUGAAACUGAAGUUGAUACUGGAGCUGUGUAAAAUCCCAGCGCAUCUUAGCUCCCUCCUUUCUCUCUCUCGCACUGAAUCCUCGGUGCAGCUUAGCGUCUGAUUCUCGAGCCCUAAUGGCUCGCCGUCUUGAUCUCCUGGUUCCUCCUCCUCCUCCUCCACCACCACUGCAGAAUAACCCAGGAGGAGCAGUUGCAGAAACCUUUCGUGAUGCUCGUAGUCAUGGUGGCGAUUCUUCGUCGAGUAAUGUGAACCCUAGCGUUCUGAUAAUCUCUCUCAUCAUCACCUUCGUCUUCUUUGCUUCGGUUUCUAUCCAUCUCCUCCUCCGUUUCUGCCGCCGCGCCUCUUCUUCCGACGAGGACGUCGUCGCAUCCGCGGAGCCGCAUCCCGUUCCUCGCGUCUCCAGCCGUCAGGUGUUGCCGGAGUACCAGUCGCUGAUCGACUCUCUCCCUCUCUUCACCUUCGACUCUGUCACGGGAGUACGCAGCUCGUCUCUCGCGGCCGAGUGCGCCGUUUGCCUGUCGAAAUUCGAGCCACACGACCUUCUCCGCUGUUUGCCUCUCUGCUUGCACGCCUUCCACUCUCAGUGCAUCGAUAAGUGGCUGUCCUCAAACCAGACCUGUCCUAUCUGCCGCUCUGCAAUCCAUGUCUCUGAAUCAGAGCUUCUGUCGAAGUUGUCGUCUUUAUCUACCGGUGGCGAUAGUUUCCGGAUUGAGAUUGGGAGUGUUAGCCGGCGGAGAUCACCGACGGGACCACCCAACGAGUCUAGGCGGUCAUACUCGAUGGGAUCGUUUGAUUACGUGGUGGAACAGGAGUGCGAGGUCGUGGUGUCGCCAACACACAGGCGAGGAGCUUCAGAAUGCAUUUUAAGUGGGAAGGAGAAGGAUGGCGGAGGCGGAGGUAGGGACGGAACAGCAGCCGCAGCUCCAGCUCCUCCUCCGAGUACGCCUGCGCCAGAGCCGCCGGGAUCUGAAGUAGCAGCGGAGGUGGCGAGCGGGAGAACUUGGCUGAAAGACUACGUAGACAGAUUAGCUUCUUCAGCAUCGUCAUCAUUUUCCUCGCGCACUCUUUCGUUUCGCCUUUCCGGAAGAUUCUUCACUGGAAGCAGUCGCCGCAGCGAAGUUUUCACGGGAAGCAGUCGCCGCAGCGACGGUGGCGCCGCUGUUUUCGGUGGCGGGAGCUGGGAUUUGGAGGGAAACCGGGUGGGCGAAGAGAUCACUAACUUUUUCCGGUGGUUAUCGGGGGUAUGAUUCGUAAUUUUCAUCUCAAAGUUGGGGCAAUUUUGGAGAGAACAAAAAAUAAUAGAAAUGGCCUCGGAUCAGGCGGUUUUAUUAUAUCUGUACAGGGAGUUAAGUUGGAACCUGAAGCCCGGAGCCUGGAGGUUAGAGCCAACCGCCAAGAAGGAAAGGACAAUAAAGUUCACAGAAAAUGCCCUCGGGUAUGAGACCUCUCCCUUCCUACUACAAUGGAUAUUUCCGUCAUUUCCGUCUAAGAUUCAUGAGCAUUCAAUAAUUUUACGGAAAUACCCCUACAGGACAGAAUUGUAUUUUGGAAUUUUGUAAAAAGUUGCUUGUGAUAAUCAAACGGUUAAGAUUUAAAGUUUGGAAUAUUAGAUGAAUCAUCAGGGAGUUGAAAGUUAAAACCUAAACCAUCAUUGGGCAUUUAAUUGGAGCGAGUGAUAUGUAAGUGAGGGACCGAAAGAGGAGAGAGAGAAAGAGAGAGAAGUGUGGAUGGAUGGAUGGAGAAUGUAUUAAUGGGCGCUCAUUUAUGACAAACCAGCGAUAGCUGGCUUCAUCACGUGACAUUGACGUAGGUGGCAUAACCAUGAUCGCUUGGGGUUUUAUUGAAGUGUUUUUGCUUCCUCCCCCAAAUGGGUGGUCCUGGUCCACAUAGGAGGUCCCUAGCCAUUUGUAUCGAUCCAAGUUAUCAAAUGAAUGCCAGUGAGUCAUUUCUUUU